AUGGUUCGUAAAAAAUCAGCUUCAUCAAAAGUUAGGUCUAGAAAAGAAGCUUACAAACGACGACAACAAGUUCAUCCACAUAUUAGUCGUUCAUGGAGAGUAUUAAUUGUAACCAUGAAAGCUGUCAAAAGAUUUUUAAGUUUUAGACACACAGCUGAAGCUGUUUCGUGUGUGCAGAAUGUGUUGAGCAUAUCAAAAACUGAUUUGAUUUAUUCGAACUGUGUCAAUCGUGGUCGUAACAUACAUACACAAGAUAAAUUUUCUAAUUCACCAAAAAAAAACGAACACUUUGAUGAUUUAAAAAUUAUCAAGGAUAUUGUUAAAAAAAUGGUAACAAGAGUUUGUCGUCUAGAUAACGAACGAAAAAGGCAAUUUGAAAAAAGAAAGAAAAAUAAAAAAUCAGGAAAUAAUGCUAAUAGUGAAAAAUCUACUUCAAAACUCAGUAGACAAAGCAAGUGGUGGAAGAAAAAAUCUUCUCAGAAUGUGCUAUUGCGUGAACAACAAUUCGAACGUUCAAGAAAAUUUUAUCGAAACAAAUAUAAGAAUAAUAUUGCAUUUCGUGAUAAAGAAAAGGCUCGGUCAAAUUCGCAUAUUUCAAUAAAAUAUCAUACCGAUUCUAAUGUUCGUGAAAAAAUUAAAGCACAUUCAAAGAUUUAUUGUCGUCAUAAAUAUUAUAAUAAUACAGUUUUUCGUGAGAAGAUUAAAGCAAAAUCAAAUAAUGUUUUCUUAAAUAAAUAUUAUAAUAGUAUAGACUUUCGCAAUAAAGUUAAAACAAAGUCAAAAAUUCAUCUUUUAAAUAAAUAUCAUAAUAAUUCAAAUUUUCGAAAUCAAUAUAAAGCACGUGCAAAAACUCAGGUUUUGAAAAAAUAUUAUACUGAUAAUUCGAUAAGAUUGAAAAUGAUUCAGCGUGCAUUGAAUUCAUAUCGUAGUAAUAAUGCAUUGAUGGCACGAAAAUCAAGACAGCUUUAUAAUCAACGUAGACGUAUUUUAAAAAAAUAUGCUACUUUUCAAAGUCAUAAAUGUACAUUUAAACAUACCAAUAUAUAUAGAGAGAAUUUUAAAAAGUUUCAGAAAAUUAUUCGAGAAGGACCUGAUUAUGUGUGUUUAUCAUGUGGAUUAGCACUAUUUCGUAAUCAGGUUAUACCAUUUGUUGUAGAAAAGUAUAUAAAAGAAAAUAUGUCAUAUGAAAUAAAAAAACAUAUUCAAUCUUACCUUAAGUACUCUUCCUCCACAGAACAAAAGUGGAUUUGUAAAUCAUGUUCAGACAAAAUAAAGACACGACAAAUACCAAGCCGAUCAGUCGUGAAUAAGUUGAAAGUAUGUGACGUUCCGACUGAAUUAAAAGAAUUAAAUAAUCUCGAAAAACAUUUGAUUGCUUUACGAUUACCAUUUAUGAAAAUUGUAAAUUUAACAUCCGGUAAAUUAUCAAGUAGAUUUGCACAAAAAGGUACUAAAGGACCACUUCAUUGUGUACCAUCAGAUGUGCAAGAUACAGUAACUAUCUUACCUCGCCCAGUUGAUAAAUCGAUGAUGGUUCGUUUGCAAUUGAAACGUCGACUAAAAUACAAAGCUGUAUGGGAAGAACAAUUAAUAAAUUCAAAUGAUGUAAGAGNCUUUUGGGCUUUUUCUAAUCUCAUUGGACUCUACUUAUCGGCAAAAUAUCGGCUUAAAAGCUUUGAAUCACUUCGAACGGUUCCCUCGUUAGUAUCAACUAUAUCUUCACUAAUUUUUACAGAAGAUUUAGCUUGA